GGUCCCCUCACCAGAAUAGUUGACAUGUCCGAAGAAGCGGCUGCUUCUGGACAACCAAUUAACGUAGAAAUAAUGCGAGGCUAUGCUCAUAGGGCAAUAUGUUUAUUCAGAAACAUAAAUGCAGCCUUUUGCAGUGAGAGAAGACGUGCUAUUCUUCUCAAACUGGAUCCCCAACUCAUGCAUUUAGCAAGUACAGAACCAGACUCUAUUUCCGAAGGACUCCUCUUUGGGGAUUCCUUCAUCAAAGAAAUAUCAAAAUAUGUAGGAUUGUUUUCGUCACUAGACAAAGCACAAACUUCCCUGAAGAAAGUAUUCCAGAGAAAAAUUUUUGGCAGGGCCGGGAAAGGACGGGGCCGCUUCCCCGGCCGCCAAAAUCAAGACAGACAACAAUACAGAGGUCCCUCCUACACAGACAGAAAUUAUCAAGGAUCCACCUUAUACCAGACCAUACCCUUCUUUCCAUCAAGAGGAAGACCAUGGAGGGCAAGGGGUCAUCGCGGAUUUCCUAGAUCAAGACCUUCUACAGGUAAGCUUAACUCACCCUGUUUCUUCCCAAGUUCCAUUAGGAGGCAGACUAACCCAUUUUUUUCCAAGCUUGGCAGGCUAUCACCUCAGAUUCAUGGAUCCUAAACACCAUACUAGGGUAUCAAAUAGACUUCUGGCAGAUUCCAGUUCAAGAAAGACUUCCUCAUCUCAUAAUCUUCUCUCAAGAAGAUCACGAUCUCGUGCAAUCAGAGAUCAUGGAUCUCCAUCUCAAGGGAGCAAUUUAUCCAGUCCCUCCUCAAUCUCAAGGUUUCCUCAGCAACCUCUUUUUGGUCAAAAAGAAGGACGGCGGUCACAGACCGGUAAUAAACCUGAGAGACCUAAAUUAUUUUGUGAAGUACCAACACUUCAAGAUGGAGGGCAUCCAUCUCUUAAAAGAUCUUUUGAUCAAGGACGACUGGAUGGUCAAAAUAGACCUAAAAGAUGCCUACUUGACAGUACCUGUGCAUCCUUCACAUCAUCCAUACCUCCAAUUUCUAUGGAAGAACCAAAAAUGGCAGUUUCAGAGUCUUCCAUUUGGACUGUCCUCAGCUCCCUGGUGCUUUACAAAGCUGCUAAAACCAGUGGUAGCAAUGUUGAGGAGCAGAGGAGUACGCCUCAUAAUUUACUUGGACGACAUCCUCAUUAUGGCCCAAACUCUACACUUGAUCAACCUGCAUACGCAAUGGACUCUGUCACUCUUCACCAAUCUGGGUUUCCUUAUCAACACCAAAAAAUCUGUACUAACCCCUUCAAAGGAGGUAGAAUUCUUGGGUUUUUCAAUCAAUACCCAAUUGGCUCUCCUAAGCCUUCCCAACAGAAAACUAUCAUUAAUUCGGAAAGAAAUUCCGUCGAUCUUGAACAAGAAACUAAUUUGUCUGAGGAGCUUAGCUCGCAUAGUGGGUCUUCUAUCAGCCUCUAUCCAGGCAAUAUUUCCGGCACCACUUCACUACAGAGCUCUCCAACGCCUCAAGGCUCAACACCUAAGAGAGGGUCUAUCAUACUCAGACCAGGUGACUCUGAAUUCAGACACCGAAGAGGAACUCUUAUGGUGGUUACAUCACAUUCAAGAAUGGAAUGGGAAAGCCAUUUUCAAUUUCAUUCCAGACCAUAUUCUAGAAUCGGAUGCCAGUCGCCUUGGUUGGGGCGCUCGUUGUGGUCAUCUAUCCACAGGUGGCAAAUGGUCAGAAGGAGAAGCAACCUUACACAUAAAUUGCCUGGAACUUCUGGCGGGCUUCUUUGCCCUCAAAAGUUUUGCGAGAGACAAAUCUCAUUGUUGUAUCCUCUUGAAGAUGGACAACAUCUCAGCGGUACAAUACAUAAACCGUCUUGGGGGCACCAAAUCAAAACCCCUAGCGAACAUCGCCAAAGAAAUUUGGCACUUUUGCUUAGACAAGAAUAUUGUCCUCAAGGCAGAAUACCUACCGGGUCUCUCCAACAUUGUUGCGGAUUGGAAUUCCCGAUAUUUAAUCGACAACAGCGACUGGAAACUCGAUCAUCAGAUAUUUCUCCAAAUCAACUCUUUAUGGGGUCCCCUUUCAAUAGACCUUUUUGCUUCCCGCCUCAAUCGCCAGAUCCCUCAAUUCUUCAGCUGGCGACCCGAUCCCGAAGCUCUGGGGGUGGACGCCUUCCUCCAGUUCUGGCCUCCAUCCACCCUUUACGCUUUCCCUCCUUUUGCGCUAAUUUCGAGGCUUCAUAGACUCCUCAUCGUUGGACUCCAUCCAUUCCUGUUCUUGUUUCCUUCGGGGAUCCUCUUAGAGGACACCAAGCCUUCGCCUGAAGAUGUUUCCAAGAUUCCCAUCUGA